CCGUGGUAGAAGCCGAGACCCAAACAAAGGCGGGCGGCGAAUAAAAGGCGGCGGCGCGGGGAGCUCCGGGCUGCGCGUUGGGGAACGGAUUCCGCACCGGGCUGUGCGCGGGCUGUGCGCUCCGGAGCGGGACGGGGAACCCCGGCCUCCCGCCGCCCCGAAGAGCUUUUCCCGGCGGCUUCCGCAAGGAGACCGGCCCGCCCCGCCCGGCGGCUGCCGUCCCCGGCCUCUCCGGUGCCCGCGGCUGAGCCCGCUCCGCUCGGCCCGCCGAGGCGAUGGACUCAGAGGAUGACCCGUUGUUGCAGGAUGUGUGGCUCGAGGAGGAGCAGGAAGACGAGGAAGCAACGGGCGAGGCUUUUCGGAGAGCCCAGAAGCCGGGCCCCCAUGCUGGGGCGGAGGGGCAGUGUUGCUGGCGCGGCUGGACCUUAGCCUCCCGGCCGCCAGCCUCCGGCUUCUGGAGCACCUUGGGCUGGGCCUUCACCAACCCGUGCUGCGCGGGGCUGGUGCUCUUCCUGGGCUGCAGCAUCCCCAUGGCCCUGUCGGCCUUCAUGUUCCUCUACUACCCGCCGCUGGACAUCGACAUCUCCUACAAUGCCUUUGAGAUCCGCAACCACGAGGCCUCCCAGCGUUUCGACGCUCUGGCUCUGGCUCUGAAGUCCCAGUUUGGUUCCUGGGGGCGGAACCGGCGCGACCUGGCGGACUUCACCUCCGAGACGCUCCAGCGCCUCAUCUCGGAGCAGCUGCAGCAGCUGCACCUCGGCAACCGCUCGCAGAGGGUGGCCAGGGCCCCGCGCGCCGUCCCCGCGGUCCCAGGCAGCGGCACCGCCCGGAAGCCAGCAGCCAAUCAGAGCGGACGUCUUCAAGACGCAUCGACGCUGGCAGGUGUGGCAGCCAACCAGAGCGAAGCCCCGGUGAACCAGGGGCGGGACAAGAGUGGGCGGGGCCGGCUGGGUACCCCGCCCACGCUGGCCAAUCAGAGCCGCGCCCGCCGGGGCGCCUCGCGGUGGGACUAUUCUCGCUCCUACGUGAGCGCCAACACCCAGACGCACGCGCACUGGCGCAUCGAGCUCAUCUUCCUGGCCCGGGGCGACGCGGAGCGCAACAUCUUCACCAGCGAGCGCCUGGUCACGAUCCACGAGAUCGAGCGCAAAAUCAUGGACCACCCGGGCUUCAGGGAGUUCUGCUGGAAGCCCCACGAAGUGCUCAAGGACCUGCCGCUCGGCUCCUACUCCUACUGCUCCCCGCCCAGCUCGCUCAUGACCUACUUCUUCCCCACGGAGCGGGGCGGCAAGAUCUACUACGAUGGCAUGGGCCAGGACCUGGCGGACAUCCGGGGUUCCCUAGAGCUGGCCAUGACUCACCCCGAGUUCUACUGGUACGUGGACGAGGGCCUGUCUGCGGAAAACCUCAAGAGCUCCCUCCUGCGCAGUGAGAUCCUGUUCGGAGCACCCCUGCCCAACUACUACUCUGUGGACGAUCGCUGGGAGGAGCAGCGGGCCAAGUUCCAGAGCUUCGUGGUCACCUACGUGGCCAUGCUGGCCAAGCAGUCUACUAGCAAAGUCCAGGUUCUUUAUGGGGGGACAGACCUCUUUGAUUAUGAGGUGCGCAGGACCUUCAACAACGACAUGCUCCUGGCCUUCAUCAGCAGCAGCUGCAUCGCCGCCCUUGUUUACAUCCUCACCUCCUGCUCAGUGUUCCUGUCCUUCUUCGGGAUCGCCAGCAUUGGCCUCAGCUGUCUGGUGGCACUCUUCCUGUACCACGUGGUCUUCGGUGUUCAGUACUUGGGCAUCCUCAACGGCGUGGCUGCCUUCGUGAUAGUGGGCAUUGGGGUGGACGACGUCUUUGUGUUCAUCAACACCUACCGCCAGGCCACCCACCUGGAGGACCCGCAGCUCCGGAUGAUCCACACCAUCCAGACGGCGGGCAAGGCCACCUUCUUCACCUCCCUGACCACGGCCGCCGCCUAUGCAGCCAACGUCUUCUCCCAGAUCCCGGCCGUCCAUGACUUUGGCCUGUUCAUGUCUCUCAUCGUAUCCUGCUGCUGGCUGGCUGUGCUCUUCACCAUGCCUGCUGCCCUGGGCAUCUGGAGUCUUUACAUGGCACCACUGGAGGGCGCUUGCCAGACCAGCUGCCACCGGAAGUGUGGCCGCAAGAGCUCCCUGCACUUCCCCGGGGACGUGUUCGCCACUGCGGAGCGGGCGGGGGGCGGCCCCGCCCAGGGCCCCCUGCCCUACCUGGACGAUGACAUCCCCUUGCUGAACGUGGAGGAGGAGCCAGUGUCUCUGGAGCUGGGGGACGUGUCUUUGGUGUCUGUGCCCCCCACGGGCCUGCAGCCCACCCCCGACAGGGGCAGCCGCGGGCAGCUCAUCGCUCAGCUGCAGGAGCUGCUGCACCACUGGGUCCUGUGGUCAGCCGUCAAGAGCCGCUGGGUGAUUGUGGGCCUCUUUGUCUCCAUCCUCAUCCUGUCCCUGGUGUUCGCCAGCCGGCUCCGCCCUGCCAGCCGGGCCCCCCUGCUCUUCCGGCCCGACACCAACAUCCAGGUGCUGCUGGACCUCAAGUACAACCUGAGCGCCGAGGGCAUCUCCUGUAUCACCUGCUCAGGUCUGUUCCAGGAGAAGCCGCACAGCCUGCAGAACAACAUCCGCACGUCCCUGGAGAAGAGGAAGCGGGGCUCCGGGGUCCUGUGGGCCGGCCGGCCUGAGGUCACCCCGCAGGACGCCCCAGGCACCGUGUACGUGUCCAAGGUGAAGAGUCAAGGCCGCCCGGCUGUCUACAGAUUCUCCCUCAACGCCAGCCUGCCUGCCCCCUGGCAGGUCGUGUCCCCCGGGGACGGAGAGGUGCCCUCCUUCCAGGUGUAUAGAGCGCCUUUUGGUAACUUCACCAGGAAGCUGACCGCUUGUAUGUCUACAGUAGGGCAGCUCCAGGCGGCGAGCCCCUCCCGCAGGUGGAUGGUGACGACCUUGGCCUGCGACGCCAAGCGGGGCUGGAAGUUCGACUUCAGCUUCUACGUGGCCUCCAAGGAGCAGCAGCACACCCGGAAGCUGUACUUCGCACAGUACCACAGGCCGCCUUUCCACGGGCGCGUGUGCGCGACUCCUCCCGGCUGCCUGCUCAGCUCCAGCCCUGACGGGCCCACCAAAGGCUUCUUCUAUGUGCCCAGUGAGAAAGGGCCCAGGGCCCGCCUCUCGGCCACCUUCGGCUUCAACCCCUGCGUGAACACGGGCUGCGGGAAGCCGGCGGUGCGGCCGCUGGUGGACACGGGGGCCAUGGUCUUCGUGGUCUUCGGCAUCCUCGGCAUCAACCGCACUCGACAGGUGGACAACCACGUCAUCGGAGACCCGGGCAGCGUCGUCUAUGACAGCGGCUUCGACCUCUUCAAAGAAAUUGGGCACCUGUGUCGCCUCUGCAAGGCCAUCGCGGGGAACCUGGAGCUGGUGAAGCCGGGCGGGGCCCAGUGCCUGCCCUCAGGCUACAGCAUCUCCGCUUUCCUGCAGAUGCUGCACCCCGAGUGCAAGGAGCUGCCCGAGCCCAACCUGCUGCCGGGGCAGCUGUCGCACGGUGCCGUGGGCGUCAAGGAGGGGCGCGUGCAGUGGAUCUCCAUGGCCUUCGAGUCGACCACGUACAAGGGCAAGUCCUCCUUCCAGACCUACUCGGACUACCUGCGCUGGGAGAGCUUCCUGCAGCAACAGCUGCACACCUUCCCCGAGGGCUCGGCCCUGCACCGUGGCUUCCAGACCUGCGAGCACUGGAAGCAGAUCUUCAUGGAGAUCAUAGGGGUGCAGAGCGCCCUGUACGGCCUGGCCCUCUCCCUGCUCAUCUGCGUGGCCGCGGUGGCCGUGUUCACCACCCAUGUGCUGCUCCUGCUGCCCGUGCUCCUGAGCAUCCUGGGCAUCGUCUGCCUCGUGGUGACCAUCAUGUACUGGAGCGGCUGGGAGAUGGGCGCCGUGGAGGCCAUCUCGCUGUCCAUCCUCGUCGGCUCCUCCGUGGACUACUGCGUCCACCUGGUCGAGGGCUACCUGCUGGCCGGAGAGAACCUGCCGCCCCACCAGGCCGAGGACGCCCACUCGCAGCGCCAGUGGCGGACGCUGGAGGCCGUGCGGCACGUGGGCGUGGCCAUCGUGUCCAGCGCCCUCACCACGGUCAUCGCCACCGUGCCCCUCUUCUUCUGCAUCAUCGCCCCGUUCGCCAAGUUCGGCAAGAUCGUCGCGCUCAACACGGGCGUGUCCAUCCUCUACACGCUCACGGUCAGCACGGCCCUGCUGGGCAUCAUGGCGCCCGGCUCCUUCACCCGGACCAGGACUUCCUUCCUCAAGGCCCUGGGCGCCGUGCUGCUGGCGGGGGCGCUGGGGCUGGGCGCCUGCCUCCUGCUCCUGUGGAGCGGCUACAAGAUCCCUCUGCCCAACGGGACCUCCCUUUAGCCCUGACUUGCUCGCUUCGGCCCAGCGGACGGAGAUGAGACCCUGGUCCUGUGACCCCAGAGGGACUCUGUUCCCCAGCUCGGCUCCAGCUAGUUUUGUUCCGGCCCGCCAGGCCCACGCUGCCUUCAUCCCAGUGGCCAGCCGGAGCUGGGUGGUGAAGCCGGCUGCCACUCUGCCCUGCCAGGCUGCUGGCAGCCACACUGGGUUCCCCCUGACAGCAGGAGAAGCCAGCCCUCCUCCCAUGCCUCCCUGGUCACCAGGGAGGUCUCCCUCUCCCGCUGCUCACCACUCUCUGAGGUGGGCGUUACCGGGCUCCCAUUCUACAGAUGGGAAAACCGAGGCACCAGAAGGCAACGUGGCUGACCUGUAGCUGGGUCGGUGGCAGAGCCAGCGCUAGUUCCUGAGCCCCAUGCCUCCCUUGGGGGCUUUGCAGGAAGAGCAAGCACAGUGAUUUCAAGGGCAGGGGCCUCGGAUACCCCCUGUCUCUCCUCCCCCACUUGAGCUUUACUAGGCCAGCGCUGGGCGCUCCCGGGGUCCUCCCCAGGCCGUUUGGUCCUGGCCAGAGAGGACACAGGGACCAGCCUGGGGUUCUGCAUGCCCUGCCCUUGCCCCCGGCCUUACGGGGCCCUUGUAAGGCCCUCUCCGAGGGCUUCGUGGCCCCAGCACAGCCUUCCUUACGGAGCCGCCAUCUCUGACCUGACUCUGGGGGUGGGACCGGGGAAGGGGCAGCCCCUGGGAGGCCAGCUGGCCGCGCCCGCUGCCCGCUCACAGCAGAUGGUCCCUAUUAAAGUGGAAUGAAACCGCAGACCGCCGCCAUUAACACGAGGAUUUUAAGCACCA